UCGGCGUCAUUGAUGUCAAGCCAGCUUGUAUCUCGUGGGAUUUCCAAGUUCGUGCGUUUUAUAAUCUCCUGAUUGGAUAUUUGGGACCAUUCACGCACUGGAUAUUUUUGCUUACUCCAGAGCGGAGAUGGAACUUCCGGAUACCGAGACUGCGCUUGUGGAUAAGUCCCAGCAACUACAGCUUCGAAACUCGAUUCUUCAAAGCUCGAUUUUUCAAAUCGAGGCAGGGAGAAAAGCUGCAGGGCCCCAAGUCCAAAAGCUGUCCGUGGAGGUGAAAGAACUCCAAACAACUAGCUGCGUUGUAACGUGCAGCAUUUAAGAGAAGCUGGAUGAGCUGACUGACAAGGUUGUGAAAAGUGAAAAACCUCUCAAUCCGCAAGAAGAAUUUCAGCUACGAAUACAGAUUAUGCAAUGUACCAACAAGCUUCGGGUGCUUGGAGGCAGAAGAGCCAACAUGUCGUCAAAUGGAAGCGAGACACUUGCAAAAGCUAAAGGAAAGGGGCAAAGAUUUCUAGAUAUGAUGGACGCGCUGGACAAGCAGACACUUGGCGAAAGGUGGUCAAAGAUUCGAAGGGGAUGAAAUGAAACUCAAAGAGAACGAAGAAAAGCCCAGAAAAACUGAAGAUUGAAGGAAAAGGAGCUUGACGACUUCAAGUUGCAAAACGCGAGCUUGCAAAACAAGAACGUAAAUUGCGAGAAGGCAAGACAGGUGGAAUGAGCUCAAAUGAGGCUCGGUCAAAUAAGACGCCAAGCUCCAGGCUUUGUGGAAUCGAUGCAAGCUUGGCAUUUUUUUUUCAAAAAAAUUGACGCGACACUAUUUAGGGUUCUAAAGCUAUGCUGGAUUUCUGCGAGCAGAGUGUGGGUGUAGCGCUUCUUCAGCUGGUAAGCCGAGCACAGGCGCUUAUUGCAGAGCUUUUGCGGCUCUCAGAUCGUGUUCCGGAGGAGUUUAAGUCGCCCGGAUCCAUCUUCGCGCCUCUGCUGUUCGAUUUCAGGUACUUCAAGUCGCCUGAUGUUUUCGAGGAGCGUAUAGAAUCAAAUGCUGAGCUAUCUUCCCUGGACGACGAGUUUCGAGACAAGUAUUCUUACUUGUUAGAACGGUUCUUCCAGCUCUUCAAUGGCAUUGUAAACUACUAUGUCGAUCUUACACGGUAUCUGGAAGAUCUUCAGGAAGGUGUUUACAUCCAGAGCACUGUCGAAAGCGUUCUCCACAACGAGGAUGGUUGUCAACUGCUAGUAGAAGCAUUGGUGCUUCUAGGCGUCGUGCUCAUUCUCCUUGAACAUCGUCUCGAUGGAACACUCCGAGAGAACCUUUUGGUUUCAUACUUUCGCUGUAAAGGCACGUUUGACGUCCCAAACUUCGACUCCAUUUCUACGCUUUGCCGGCACUAUCCUCAGCCAACAUCUUCGCCCGUGGUGGCUGUGACAGCGUUUCUUCAAAGUUCCCCGCCACCAGUCCCGGCAACGAUGCUCAACCUGCACAGGCCAGAGGAAUCGUUUUCACGCUUUCCUUUGCCGAGUUCUCUGGUGAAAACGGUAAUUGGAAGGCUGAAGUCUCACGACCUGUACAAUCAAGUCGGGCACUAUCCUAGUCCGGAUCACAGAACUACAGCUCUUCUUGGUCAAGCUGCCAGCCUUUACGUGCUACUCUACUUCGCUCCAACCAUUCUUCACUCCGAUAGUGUGAUGAUGCGGGAGAUUGUGGACAAGUUUUUCAGAGUUUACUGGGUACUUCCAGUCUUUAUGGGAUUCACCGUGGACCUUCUCAGUGCAUGGAGUCGAUUCAAAGCGGCAAAGAACGCAAUUUCAUCGAGCAUUACGCUUUCUGCUGUGCGUGUUGUGAGCCAGGAACAAAUCUCCAAGGUCCAGACACUCUUGUCAGAUCUCUCUGCCUUCUUAUCGGAAGGAGUUCUGAAUCAGGAUUUCGUGCUCAACAAUAUCUCAACUCUACUGUCUUGUGCCCGGGACUGUAAUGCGACAUUACGAUGGCUGCUGCUUCAUAAGAUCACCACCAGCCGUAAACUUCGAGAAUUGGUAUCGAACCAAGAUAUGGCUUUGCUGACUUUAUUGCUGGACACUUCACGGCUGGAGUUCGAGCUUAAGAAUGUCUACGGUGAACUUUUGAAGAAAAAAGAAUCCCGUUGGGCUGAAUCCAAGACGAUCGUCGCUGAAUGCAUGAAUGACCUCUCUGCGUUCUUUUCGGGGGUUAAGGUUCUGUCGAGGACUAUCAGAGAUGAGAACUUGCAACAAUGGUUCUCUCAAAUGUGUUCUGAGGUUAAUUCUUUAGACUAUUCCGAGGCAGUAACUGCAGGUAGGAAAAUUCAACACAUAAUUACGGCGCUUGAAGAAGUUGAACAUUUUCAUCAAAUACAAGGAAGUCUUCAGACUAAGCAAUACUUGUCAGAGGCGCGAAUGCAAUUGCAAGAAAUGAUUAGGACACUCAACGUGCAAGAAAGUACCCUUGCUACUAUAUCAGUGAUCAGCGACUGCUCUUACUCAUGGGGCUUGAUAGGAGAAUUUACUCUUCUUAUUCAAUCUCAAAUCCAAAAUGAUCCAUUCACUGUAUCGAAAUUACAGUGUUUGUUUCUCAAGCUGCGCUCUGUUAUGGAUAUACCACUCUUGAGGCUAUAUCAGAGCCAAAGUGCGGACCUCGACUCUGUCUCAGAAUACUACUCAUCUGAGCUUAUAAACUACGUGCGAAAUGUUUUGGAAAUUGUCCCUGCCAGCAUGUUUACGAUUCUCAACGGGGUAAUCAAGGAGCAAAUGAUGAACUUAAGCGAGAUACCAGGGCGGUUUGAGAAAGAUUCCUUGAAAGACUACGCGAAGCUGGAUGAGCGUUACGCGUUGGCAAAGGCAACUCAAAGAGUUGCUGUAUUUACGCAGGGAAUAAUGUCAAUGAAAAGAACUUUCAUUGGCGCGAUUGAGCUGGAUCCAAGGCAACUUCUUGAAGAAGGAAUACGUAGAAAACUAGCAGAGGAGAUCGACUUGGCUUUGAAAAAAGCAUUGGUCUUUUCUACAGGUCGAACUGAAGAUCUUGAAGACAAACUAGAAGCAUUAUCCGCCUCAUUAUCCUCGCAACGCCAGUCAAUGGAAUAUUUCCAGGAUUACGCUCACGUUCACGGCCUAAAGCUUUGGCAAGAAGAAUAUACAAACAUAGUAAAUCAUAAUACUGAACUGGGAUGUAAACACUUUCUGACGAAAGUUCACAAGCAGCCGACGUCCAUACUUGAUUCAGGGAGCGUCAAUGAUGAUAAUUUUAUGAAUCGAGUUGUGCUAAAACUGCUCAACCUUACAAAUCCUUCGAAAUCUAUGUACCUCGCCCCAAUGACCGGCUGGUUCAAUGCGGAAGGCCAAGAGCUUGUGGGUUUGAGAACCUUCAUCACCUUGCAAGAGAGUCUCGGACCUGUCGGAGUAUCUGGUAUUGAUUCGAUCGUUUCUUCUCAUGCUGCGAGAGUGCUCGGGAAGUGUAUCUCUAGUUUCCGCUCCGAGAUUGAAGUCAAGCUGCUAGAUCACUUACAGGCGUUGGAAGGUGCGGUUAGACCACUUUCUGUUACCCCCAAUGGAGCUGUAUACGCUGAGUGUAUUGCGUUGAUAUCAACAAGCACCGAGUGCGUAACAUGGGUGGAGUCAUUAGCGCACAUUGGACAGCUACAACUCAUUCGAUGCCUUCUUUCAUCGCAAUUACGUGCAGCAUCUCAGUUGGAGUCGGGCAUGGUCUCUUUCGCGUUGGAAGGUCUCGGUACUGCUCUAUUUUCUACCAUGGAAACUAAUAGCGAGCGUACAAAUGGGAAAAGCAACGGAGUUUUGAAGGAGCUAGCGAGGCAGCUUCAAGCAUGCGGCAUGUUUUCGCCAAUGAAAACUACCUACAUCACAGCGAAACCCCCUGCUCACAUUAGCCUCUUCUUGUUCCUCAUCACCAUCAAUCAGCUUACACGCUUUGUGCUUGACAAGCACUUGGGAACACUCGUGAGCAAAGCCAAAAAGACCGCGCUGGAUUGCUGCCCUCUGGUGGCUGGCUUCGCUACACUGCUCCAUCAGUUUCACCCCUCCCAUUCAAUCUUGUACAUACAGUACCUGGCACAAUUUGCACAAGCGCACAUCGGGAAGAGCUCGGAAUCAUCAACAGCACCGCAGUGGGAGGUUGCGAACACUGUUGCAUGGAUACUAGACUUCGCGAAGUACGCGCGAGUGUCUCACGAGGUCCUCGAGACUAGUGUGCCUCCCUUGGUUCUGGAAAGCUUUGGGACAAGCAUGGGCACCAGGUCACACAUAAGCUGAAAGCACAAGAGUUUAUCCUUUUCAGCUAGAGCUUUAAAGGUGUCUAUUACUGCAUCUUCAAUCACUGAGAAUGUCCAGUUCUUGAAACUCCUGACAGUGGUAUUCGAGUUUGAGAACAAGGUGUUUCCACUGGACAAAGUUGCCGGUUCCCAGGAGAGAGUGAACUUGAGCUCGCCUUUCUCCUGUGCACUUCCAAGUCAUUUGUUUGCUCCUCGGGCAUCCGGUCCUAUCGAGUACACUUAUCUCGACACGGCCAGCUUCAUCGUCAACACGGGCGACAACGUUGUGGCGUGAGCAGUCGUGGUCCUGGGCCUUGGACGUUCGUGUUGAGCCGGCUUAGAAUUUCAGCCAGCGAGCUUGAUCACUACUUUGACAAGGUCCAUCUCUUGCUGGCGCAGCCGUAUGACAGUAGUGAGAAUGAAUCCAGUGACGCUGAGCUCCUGCUCGAGAAGGUUGAGAUCGCAGUGUUUCUGAGGCUGUUCUACGAGGCUUUCACUGGCGCUCCAAUCGCUUCUUCAUACGUGAGCUUCUGAAAGCCAAGGUUGACUAUGGUUCCAUCUAUGAUCGACGUGGUGGUGCAAGAAAGCCUCUACUACGCGACCACGCAAAAGCUCCAUGCUUUAGUCUUUGACAGCUUGGUGUGUCAGCACUACAUGCGCUUCCUGGAGCUGCCUCUCUUGGAGCCGGACAUGCGAGCGUUUGUGGAGCUAGCCAACUUCGUGCUGGUGGUAGCCGACUGGGACAACAUCAGCGAGCCAAAGAAGCCAAAAGGCCACUUCUCUUUGGAUCUACUUCUGGAUGGCCUGAGCCGCUGCUGGGACACUGAAAGAUCGGCUUCUCCUCGCUGGGUGAUUAGCAAGGAUGAGUUCUCCUGGCGAGUCAGCUCAACGAGGAAGCUGGGGUCCGGGAUGCCGUCUCGAUGGCUGUGGAGCUUUUCAAGUAUUUGGAGGAGAGAGAGAUUAGCGUGUGUGCCUAGAGUUCUUCACGUUAUGACUAUCAAGGUGGCGAGGAUUGGAGA